CCCAUAAUUGCAUCUUUUUUGAAAGCAUUUUUUUAGAAAUUAAAUGGCUUCUUGUCUAGUGAAACACGAAACCUAGUUGAGAAGUAAUGAUAAAACGACCAUUUGUAGUCUGUUAUAUUUGUGGUCGAGAAUUUGGUUCAGCUUCAAUUAGUAUACAUGAGCCUCAAUGUUUAAAGAAAUGGCAUCAAAAGAAUGACUCCUUGCCGAAAUCACUAAGAAUGCCACCACCAGUUAAACCAAAGGCAAUUCAUUCAAAUGAAUCCUAUAGUAACAACACUGGUGGCUUUCAAAUCGAUUUACCUUCAGGUGCUACAAAAUCUGUUAGUACAUUCAAUGAAGCAGCAGCUUUGGCGGCAAGUGCUAAUCUUGUUCCAUGUCCAAAAUGCGGUAGAACAUUUAAUCCUGAUAGAAUUGAAGUUCACAAACGUGUAUGCAAACCAUCAACACAGAAUAAAAUUCAUACAGUUAAUAGUAGUAAUACAAUGAAACCGCUAAUCAGUGAUAAAAGUUUAUUCACUGAAUGUUGUAUAUGUAACGCAAAGAUUCAAACAGAUUCAAUACAUGAACAUGAAUCGAAUUGUUUAGCUAAAUCAAAACGGGAAAAUGAUAAUAUAACAUUGAACAGACAAGGUCAUCAGUCAGUAAAACUUGAACAACAUAAAUCUACUACAUCUAAUAUAUCAGGCACACUUGGUGAGAUAAGUUUAAAGUCAACAAAAGCUAAAUUAUUGCCUUGUUCAAAUUGUUCUAGACUCUUUUUACCAACCAGUUUAGGAUCACAUUUAAAAUCAUGUAGAAUGAGACAGAAUACAGCCAAAAGACAACAACAACAGGAACAAAAUCAACGUUCACGUUCCAAGACACCAACAAAACCAAUAACAGCAGUUUGUUAUAUCUGUGGACGUGAAUAUGGUACUUGGUCAAUUAGUAUACAUGAACCAAAAUGCUUAGAAAAAUGGUAUAGACAAAAUAAUGAAUUACCAUUGGCUAUGCGACGUAAACCACCACAACGUCCAACAACUUUACUACCAAAUAAAUCCACUGAUCAUUAUGAUAUAGAAAAGUAUAAUGAACAAGCCUAUGAAAUCAGUAAAGGAUCACUUGUACCAUGUAGUAAUUGUAAACGAACAUUUAAUCCUGAUAGAAUAGAAGUACAUGAAAGAGUAUGUAGAAAAAGUAAUAAAUAACCAGCCUAAUGAUGUGAUUAACUUUGCAUAUAUUGUAAGCGCCAAAUAUCCAAUAUAUUGUGUAAACAUUUACUAUUUUCAUCAUAUAUAUUUUAAUUGGAAUUUUAUUUUGUUUCAAUAUUGCUUUCAUUUAUAUUUAAUUAUUUAUUAAAUAUUUCAUUUUUGAGUUUUUAUUACUGUUAAUUUCAUUCAGCCAAGAUUUUUUUUUCAUUUUUUCAUUAAAAAAUAAUAAUAAACUGGAUUGCACAAGUGA